AUGGCGCCGGCUUCUGGCUCCUCUAGUGAGCCACGGCGUCCUCCGUGUCUACGGCUUCUCGUAGCCGCCAACGGCUCCCGCGACGUUGCCUUCGCCGAAGCGAUUGCCGUGCGGCUCUCCAAGGAACCUCAAAUAACCACCCGUGCCAUCGUCGACGAGAUCACCCAUCGAUUAGCUCAGGAGAUCAUUGUGCUCCAGAACCGCUCACUCCGGCGAUCAGGUCCUCCCGAUGGCUUACAUUCGAAGGACAUUGAUGCUCUGGAGCAGCAAGCCUACGAGCUGGUUGAGUGGGCCGACCUGCUCGUCCUGGCGCCCAUCGAUGCCGACACCCUAGCUAAGAUGAUGUGCGGGAUUGCAGACAACCUCCUUCUUCACGUCCUACGCGCCUGGGACGCCUCAAAACGGAUCUUGCUGAUCCCCGGUAUGAGCAACCAGCUCUGGGAGAACCCUGUGACUAGGCGUCAAAUGAGCAAGCUGCAUCGCAAGUGGGCCUGGAUUCGUGUCAUGCCUCCAAUUUUGUGGCAUUACGACAAGCACAGCCCUCACAAGCGAGUCGUCGAGUGGGAUGGCUUCAAUGAAGUCGUCGGAAUCAUCAAGAAUCAAGCAGAUUUCCUCAAGUUGGGUCACGACAUUGAAGUCAGCAAUGCCCAAGCUGACGCUCCGCUGGCCACCAAGAAAAAGGCUCAAUCCACUCUGCCGCCGGAGAUCUGGAGCAUGAUCCUCGAGCACACCAACGAUUGGGAACUGGCCCAGAGUCUGGGCAUCUAUACCAAACUUCCCAUGCCUACCAAGCAGGGCUGGCGCAAAGAACCUAAGGACCCCAACGAUCCUCUCCAAGUCUUCAUGCACGAGCUCGAAUGGACUCUUCUUACAGCCAACACGGAAGCCGUCUGCGCCAAACUAGCCCAGGCCCCUCCCUCUUUCAAUGACCUCUCUGCGCUCGCCGCCCACCUCAUCUUCAAGUUCUCCCUCACCGGCGUCCUGACCUACAUCGAGUCGCACUUCAGCCACAUCUUUCGCUGCUUCGACGGCAAGACCAUCCCGACCAAGGCAUCCGCCUACUACGGCCGCACCGCCAUCCUAGACUGGUGGGCACGCUCGCCGUCCUUUUUGGAGAAGCAGUAUGACGCUGAGGCCCUUAAUGGUGCCUCAGAGAGGGGCUUUGUCCAUGUUCUCGACUGGUGGCGCCGCUCUGGGUUACCGCUUAAGUAUUCGGAAGCUGCCUUCGAGAGCGCGAGUGCCAAAGGUCAUGUUCAUGUCCUUGAAUGGUGGCGCGAGGCUGCCCUGCAGGAUCCGACUAUCGUCAUAAAGCCGGGCCGGUCGCUGCUGGCUGCUGCACAGUGGGGCCAGCUGGCGGUGAUCCGUUGGUGGGAGGAGAGUGGGAUCCCCGUUGGACACCAGGACGGCGUAUGCAAGAUGGCUAGCCGCUGGGGCCGUGUCGAGGUGUUGGACCUGUGGCGGCAACUGCGCGGGGAUGAUAACUUGCAGUUUGAUAACCAGAUUUUGGUCGAGCCAACGUUGCAUGCUCAUGUGCAUGUGCUGGAGUGGUGGCGUAGGUAUGCACAUGGAGAGUUUCCCGACAUGGGAGGUCGCAAGGGAAAGAGGGUUGAAUACAAGACGAUGGAUAUUGAGGAGGCUCUGGAGGAUUCGUUGGGUGACCAGACUGAGGUUAGGAGGUGGUGGGCUGAGAACGGCCUGAACCUUGGUCUGGGAACCACCGAGUGGAUGAAGGUCCGGUUUCUCUGA